AUGUCCACAACACCGACGACGACCUCCGAAUGGCCAAUAGUGUGGGAGAUAAAGCUAGGCACUCCGGUGACUUGUCUAGAUUUUCGAGGACACAUCCUGGCGGCUGGAUGUGAAAAUGGUCAGAUCAAGAUUUACGAGCUCGAGGAUGGCAAGCCUAAAGAGGGAAAUGUGCUCUCCUCAGGGACGGAGGAGAUAUCGAGUCUCGCUUGGACGCCUGCACGUGCAGGCUUGGAUGAUAGACUGGAGAUUUGGUCGGCGGCGGGGAGCCAGGUUGCGAGGUAUGAGAUUGGGGAGCCGUCUGAGGUACCUGUGGAGAGAAAGGAGACGAUCGAGCCGUUGAGGGAUGAGGAGGACGUUAUCAGCAAGAUUGCGAUUGACGAGAAAGCUUCACAUCUGGUAUACUCUACGGAGGACGGCGUUGUCGGUGUUGUUUCUCUCACGCCGGACCGGCCAAAGCGGGUGAUGAGAAUAUCACACAGCAGCGUGUGUGAUUGUGUUGCAUUUCUACCGCCCAACCAUGGUUUAAUAUCUGCGGGAUACGACUACCGAAUAAUCCAACAUGAUUUUUCCCGGGGCACUCUAACGAACCAGCUCAGUUUAGAACAGGUCACAGCAACGCAAGCAACGAUGUCCCUUUCUCCGCCUUUUAUCCAGUCCCUACAUGUAGCACUCAACGGCGACCUUGCAUGUGGCCUGGCGAACGGCGAGAUCUACAUCGCUCCAGCGAACAGACCUGGCGAGAAGAAGAAGAAAGAUAAUAAGCGGCGCUGGGCUGCCCUAUCAGGGCAUGGUGUGCGGUACAAAGCUGCCGAAGGACCUAUUAUUGGAUUGCACGUCUUUUCCCAUUUACCCAUUUAG